CCCCCCCAAUUACUGCCCUCUUCAACCUUUCUGCUGACAUAUUUUAGGCCUUGCAGGCUGGCUCCUCCCUCCUAGGCCCCAGAGGACGACGCCAUCUUCCCUGUUAUACAUUCUUCCACAGAAGGCAGCUUCUGACAGGGUCAUUGAUACAGAACUGUCCUUCUACAAGGUAAGGACCUACUUUUUUCAAAUGACAGCACACAACAUUGUUAUUAUCUUUUUAAUGAUGCCUUUUCAUGCUUAUGAACACUUCUAGCCCCCAAAGCCCCCAUCCUGGCCUCCUUUGAUCCUUCUGCCACAUACUUCCAGGCCAUGCAGGCUGGCUUUCUCCUCCUAGGCCCCAAAGAGGAGGCCAUCUUCCCUGUUCAACGUUGUUCUACAGAAGCCAGCUUUUGCCUGGGUCUUUUGGAUGCAGCACUUUCCUUCUACAAGGUAAGACAGUACUUUUCACAACAGACCGAAGAGAACAUUGUUAUUAUCUUUUUAAUUAUACCUUUUCAUGCUUAUGAACACUUCAGGUCUUACAAGCUAUCCCAAGACUGUUAGGUGGCACACCAGCCCACCCUCUCCCCAGUUCAAUGUUUUUUCAAAUAAGGUGGCUUCUUCCAGGAUAAUUUGGACGUAGCACUGUACCUACACAAGGCAAGACCCUAUUUUAUUCAAGACAAAGGCUAACAUCAUUAUUAUCUUUUUAAUGUUGCCUUCUUAACAACAAGAUGGGGUUUGACAGAGUACUUCUCCCCAUUUGACUUCUUCUCAUUCCCCCCUCCAUAUUAUGCAGUAUAUAUAUAUGUGUGUAUGUGUGUGUGUGUGUCUGUGUGUGUGUUUAUGAAGAGUUCUAACCACCAUCCACCUCCUUUUACCCUUCUGCUGAACAAUUUCAGGUCUUGCAAGCUAUCCCGAGACUGUUAGGCCACACAACAGCCCGCCGUCUUCCCAGUUCAACAUUGUUCCAAAUAAGACAACUUCUACCAGAAUAAUUUGAAAACAGCAUUGUCCCUACACAAGACCUUGCAAGCUGUCUUGGGCCAGUUAUGCUGCACAACUGUUCAUCCUCCUCCUGAUUCAACAUAGUUCCAAAAAGGGCAAUUUUAUCCAGGAUCAUUUGGAAACAGCAUUGUCCCUCACCAAGGUAAGGUACUGCUUUAUUCAAAAGACAAUAGAGACCAUAAUUAUUAGGGAUAUUUUCAGUUGUGUGCAUUGUUAUAAGUUAUUCCCUGAAGCCCAAAUCCAAAAAAUCUUACUCCUUUCUGUUUUACACUGCUAAAUAAUAGUGUUUCUUUUAUCAGGAGUGGUACCUUCAAAAUGUCUCAAAAAAGGAAAUCUACCAUAGGAAAAAUCCCACCAAAAGCAAAAAAGGGAAAAUUCCACCAAGCAAAUGAGUCAACUGACUGUCGACUUGAUAAUAACCAGGAAACAGCUAAUGCAUCAAGGAUUGCAGAGACUCCAGAACAGCGUCAGGCCAAGCUUCAACAAAAGAGAGAAAAGGCCAGAGCAUCCAGAGCAGCACAGACUCCAGAACAGCGUCAGGCCAGACUUGCAGCAAUGAAAGAAAGAGCCUCUAUGUUAAGAGGAGCAGAGACUCCAGAACAGCGUCAGGCCAGGCUCCAACAAAAACGAGAGAAGGCCAGGGCAUCCACAGCAGCAGAGACUCCAGAACAGUGUCAGGCCAGACUUGGGGUAAUGAAAGAAAGAGCCUCUACAUCAAGAGGAGCAGAGACUCCAGAACAGUGUCAGGCCAGGCUUGCAGUAAUGAAAGAAAGACCCUCUACGUCAAGAGCAGCAGAGACUCCAGAACAGCGUCAGGCCAGACUUCGAGUAAAGCAAGAAAAAGCCUCUACGUCAAGAGCAGCAGAGACUCCAGAACAGCGUCAGGUCAGACUUGGAGCAAUGCAAGAAAGAGCCUCUAUAUCAAGAGCAACAGAGACUCCAGAACAGCAUAAUGCCCGACUUCAAGAAAUCAGGGAUAAAGUCACUACAACAAGGAAAGGAAACCAUUCAAAUUUGUUGCUUGAAGGUUUUCACUAUAAUCCUCAUAAGGACUAUGAUCAAUAUCCAAAUGUUAUUAUUGGACAAAUGAAUCAAAUAUGUAGGUAUUGUCAUGCCAAGAAAUUUAAAAUGGAGCCACCGGGGUUGUGCUGUAAGAGUGGAAAAGUUGCACUGCCACCUUUAGAACAACCACCAGAUGAACUUCUUUCUUAUAUGUCUGGAAGUACUUCAGAAUCAAAACAUUUCUUACAGAACAUAAGAAGAUACAAUUCAUGCUUUCAAAUGACAUCGUUUGGUACCACCUCUGUUGUUGAAGAAAGGAGCUUCCCAACAACUUUCAGAGUGCAAGGUCAAGUCUACCACACGGCAGGAUCUAUGAUGCCUUUACCCGAUCAAAGCCCCAAGUUUUUACAAAUUUUCUUUAUGGGGGAUGACCAACUAGAAACAGAUCAACGAUGCCAUUACAUUCCUGAUGUCAGACGUGAUAUUGUCUUGAUCCUACAGCAGAUGUUUCAUCAACACAACCACAUAAUUAACACAUUCAAAACAGCCCUAGAACGUAUGCCAACAGAUGAAUACAGAGUAGUUAUUAGAGCUGAUAAAAAGCCAGUGGGAGAACAUGAACGUCGCUUCAAUGCUCCUCAAACAAACGAAGUUGCAAUCGUCAUAUCAGGUGAUGAAUUUGAUCAACGUGACAUCAUCAUCCAAAGGCGCAGUAAUUCACUACAGCGCAUACCAGAAACACAUCGAUGGUAUGAUGCACUUCAAUACCCACUGAUAUUUUGGCAGGGUGAAGAUGGUUAUCACUUCAACAUUAAGCUAAUCAACCCAACUUCAGGCAUACCAACUAACAAAAAAGUCUCAGCAAUGGACUACUAUGCAUACAGAAUAAUGAUUAGAAGUCAUGUUCCUAAUCAUAUUUUAAAUUGUCAGCAACUAUUUCAUCAAUUUAUUGUUGAUAUGUAUGCAAAGAUUGAAACUGAGCGUCUUCUCUUCAUAUGCCAAAAUCAAAAGAAACUUCGAGUGGACAAAUACAUCCACUUAAGGGAUACUGUCUCCAAUGAUAGAAGUGUUGAUAACAUUGGGCAAAUGGUCAUUCUACUUGCUACAUUCACAGGAAGCCCAAGACACAUGCACGAAUAUGCUCAAGAUGGCAUGACAUAUGUGAGAUCUUAUGAACGCCCUGACUUAUUUAUUACUUUCACGUGUAAUCCCUCUUGGUCAGACAUAAAAGAAGAACUUUUAUUCAGACAGACACCCAGCGAUUGUCAUGAUUUAAUAGCAAGAGUGUUCAAACAAAAACAAAUGAAGUUAAUCAAUGUAAUAAAUAAGAGCCAUGUAUUUGGAGAAACACGGUGCUGUCUGUACUCAAUCGAAUGGCAGAAACGAGGACUUCCACAUCCCCAUAAUCUAAUUUGUCUAAAAGAAAAAAUUAAUCCAACUGACAUAGACAAUGUUAUAUCUGCAGAAUUCCCAAAUCCAUCUGAAGACCCUAGCCUCUAUUCAGUGGUGACCAAAAAUAUGAUUCAUGGUCCAUGUGGAAACCUUAAUAUGAAUGCACCGUGUAUGAAGGAAGGAAAGUGCAGCAAGAAGUAUCCCAGACAAUUGGUUACAGACACACAAACAGGACACGACGGUUAUCUUCUCUAUAGAAGACGAGCAACAUCAGAUGGUGGCUUCACGGCAAAACUCAAGAUUAGAGGCAAGACAGAAGUAGAAGUGGACAACAGAUGGGUUGUUCCAUAUUCUCCACUCCUUUCUAAAAUGUUUCAAGCACAUAUUAAUGUUGAAUACUGCAACUCAAUAAAGUCCAUUAAGUACAUCUGUAAAUAUGUGAACAAGGGAAGUGACAUGGCUGUUUUUGGACUCACUAAUGAAAACAGAAAUGAUGAAGUCCCUCAAUACCAGCUGGGAAGAUAUAUCAGCAGUAAUGAAGCAGUUUGGCGGAUUUUCAGCUUUCCGAUCAAUGAACGCCAUCCAACCAUUGUUCACCUUAGUGUGCAUUUAGAGAAUGGCCAAAGAGUCUACUUUACAAGAGAUAAUGCUGAGACAGUUGCUGCCGAACCACCAAAUACCACCUUGACAGCAUUCUUUCAGUUGUGUCAACAGGAUUUGUUUGCAAGAACACUGCUAUAUCCUGAAGUUCCAAAAUAUUACACAUGGAACGCAUCCAGAAAGGUCUUCUCCAAAAGAAAACAAGGAAUGUCAGUUUCAGGACAUGAUGCAGUUGCCAGCGAAGCCUUGGGUCGUGUGUACACCGUUCACCCUAACAAUGCUGAAUGCUUUUUUCUUAGGAUAUUACUUCACACUGUUCGAGGGCCAAUGUCUUUCGCAUUUCUAAAAACUGUCAAUGGAGAGGUGUGUAAUACUUUCAGAGAGGCAUGCCAAAAGCUUGGUCUAUUAGAGGAUGAUCAACACUAGAACUUUACUUUAUCAGAAGCAGCAUUACAAUCUUCACCAGCUCAAAUACGGAACCUUUUUGCCAUCAUCCUGACAACCUGCUAUCCAUCAAACCCUAAUGGACUAUGGGAGAAACACCGAGAAAGCAUGGGUGAAGACAUACUUGCAAAACUACAAAGAGACAAUCCCACCAUGCACUUAACAUUUUCUCCAGACAUUUUUAAUGAAGCACUUAUACUGUUAGAAAACAGAUGUCUGGCCAUCAGCAACAAAACAUUAUAACAGUUAGGUGUACAGCCUCCAGAACGAAAUAACCAUGAUGUCUUCAACAACGAACUUCUGAGAGAAAAGAAUUACAAUACUGAAGAACUACUAAUAUUUGUACAAUCAAGAAAGCCUCUAUUAAAUCAUGAUCAAAGAAAAGUAUAUGACACCAUAAUGGAUCACAUCAGGAAUCAAAAAGGUGGCAUACUUUUCCUCGACGCACCUGGAGGAACCGGAAAAACAUUUUUAAUUAAUUUAGUACUUGCUGAAAUUCGUGGAAGUAGGGAUGUGGCACUCGCACUCGCUUCCUCUGGGAUUGCAUCAACACUGAUGGAUGGAGGACGAAGAGCACACGCAGCAUUAAAAUUGCCACUGAACAACGCCAAUGAACAGCACCCAACCUGUAACAUCAGCAAAACAUCUGGGCAGGCACAAGUGCUAAAAAUCUGCAAAGUCAUAGUGUGGGAUGAAUGUACUAUGGCACACAAGAAAUCACUUGAAGCCCUUGACAGAACUCUACAAGAUCUAAGAGGAAACAAUGAACUGAUGGGAGGAGCUCUGGUCCUUUUAGCUGGUGACUUCCCGUCAUUCCAAAGUCGACGCCAGUAGAUGAGCUUAAUGCUUGCCUCAAGGCUUCCGCUCUUUGGAGACAUGUGAAGAAAAUGACAUUGCAAACAAAUCUGAGGGUCCAACUUCAAGGAGAUGCAAAUGCUCAACCUUUUGCAGAGAAGCUCCUUCAAAUUGGUGAAGGUACUUUUCCCACUGAUUUGACCUUAGGUGAAAUCCACUUUCCAAAUGACUUCUGUACGAUUGUGACGUCAGUUGGAGAACUUAUAGAUAAGGUUUAUCCAAACAUUUCAGAAAAUUUCAAACAACACUCCUGGUUGUGUGAAAGAGCCAUCCUCGCGGCUAAGAACGAUGUAGUGCAUGAAAUCAACAAGCACAUUCAAGACAUGAUUCCAGGCUCCGUAACAGAAUACAAAUCCAUCGAUACAGUAGUGGAUGCCGAUGAAGCUGUGAAUUUUCCAACCGAGUUCCUCAACUCCCUUAAUCCACCUGGGAUGCCAUCUCACCGCCUGCCACCUAAAGUAGGAUCGCCCAUCAUGCUGCUUCGAAACCUCGAACCACCAAGGUUAUGCAAUGGCACCCGGCUGUGCAUCAAAACACUGCUGCCCAAUGUCAUAGAAGCCACAAUACUGACUGGGAAUGAUGACCGAGGCGCCAGCUUUCAAAUUGAUUUGAACCCGCAGCGGAGAGUUCCGCAGAUCCAUCACCAAAGGAACGGAGCGGGACCGCAGCAGACUAUUGUUAAAAGAUCUUUUUUUCUUCACUUUCCCCUUCCCUGAACUAUGUAACAAAUCCCCCAAUAAAAGUAGCAUUCAUUUUUAA